AUUCUUAUUAGAAUUGCAGCAAAAAAUGGGUCGUUCAAAAACGCUCAAAGUAUAUCAGCUGUCAUACUGAGGCAGUCUGUUUGUGUUGUCAAAUUUGACAACUAGAAAUGAGUAAUUUACGGUGUUUUUGUAGGAAUUACCAAUUAAAUUAGAGCUCUAUUGGGUAAUUCGUGGCAUUGUUUACAUUUACAUAAAAGAAUGAGUUAAUUAUCAAUAUUCACAUGAUAUCAAACCAAAACAAUGUCAGCGAGAGUGAAUAUGAGGCCAAGCAGCAAAAAUACACUGCUAAAAGUUGUGAUUUUGGGUGAUGGAGGUGUGGGAAAAAGCUGUUUAAUGAAUAGAUUUGUCUCUAAUCAAUUUGAUGAACAUUCCUUCCAUACAAUUGGUGUCGAGUUUUUAAAUAAAGAUAUUGACAUAGAUGGUGACACUUAUACUCUACAGAUUUGGGAUACAGCAGGUCAGGAACGGUUCAGAACCUUGAGAACUCCUUUUUAUAGAGGAAGUGAUGUUUGUAUGUUAACAUAUUCCAUAGAUGAUAAAUCCAGCUUUCGCAAUUUAGAAAUGUGGAAAGAAGAAUUCCUACAUUAUGCCGAUAUCAGAGAGAAUUCUCAGUUUCCCUUUAUUGUUAUUGGAAAUAAAUCAGAUGUAUCAGAUUCUCAGAGAGAGGUCUCUCAGACUGAAAGGGAAACUUGGUGCAAUGAAAAUAACAUCACAGCAUCUAUUGAAACUUCUGCCAAAGAUGCGAGUAAUGUCCAAGAGUCUUUUAAACUUGCUGUACAGCAAUGGAUGAAAUUGGAGAUGAGAGCUGAUAGGAAUGAAACAUCAUACAACGAUACUGUGGAUUUGAAAAAGAGACAAUCAGGUAGUAGAAGUUCCUGUUGCUCCGGAGGUGAUGUUUAAAUUCAUAUCACACAAAGUGAUACUUUUGAAAAAAGCACAACUGAUUAAUUUGAAUGGAUAAAUGCCAGUGAUUUCUUAUUACCAAUGAUAUUCAACUGGAUUAUUAUACUUACAACCAUAAACUUUAGUUUAGAUAUAUUUCCCAAGUCUUGCACUUGUUUAAUCUUAUAGUUUAUUUAUUAGGAGAUUUCUAUUAUUCUUUAGUCCAUUUAGUUUAAUCAGAAAUGAAACACGUUAUUUGUUUUUAUUUUGACAAGAAUCAUUUUCUUAACUAUUUCACCUAUGAUUAUUUAGUUCUUGGAAAAUGGCAUAUUUUUAUCAGAGCCCUGUGUCCACUCAUAUUCCUUACUUCUGGAAUAUUCAAGAAAACAUUGCAAAUUUUAUGAAUGAAAAGUUUAUCUAGGCUGAAGAGGAUGCUUAAAGUGAUAACAUUUGUUUUUACUCAUUUCUUCUUGAAGAAAAAAAGAUCUCAUUUUAAACUCUCAAAAAUUUGUUUUUUCCCUCAACUACAUGUUCUAUGUUUUCAUAGAAUUGAAUAGAUCUUCAACUCAUAUGUGUUGCUCCUCGAUUAAUUCAGGUAGUAAUGCAGCAGCAGUACCUCCAACCAAAGAAAUUAAAAUUGAUGAAUUUCAAAUUAUUUUAUAAAGAUAUUGUUGUUUUUGUGAUAUUGAACAGACUUUUUGAAUAUGUUGCAUUUAUUAGACUCAGUUUUCAGUAUUGGAUGGGUAAAAUUGGUGAUCUGAACUAAAAUUUUUUAUUUCCAAAAGAAAAACCACAACCUUUUGUUGGAGCUCAGCAAUGGAAAAAAUCUGAGUACGCCACUGGAUUGAUAUAAAAAAGUGUCUAUAAUGUUUUUAUAUCAACAUCAUAGUUCAAACAGGAAUGGGGAUAAUGACCAAUGUUGAAAUCACCCAAAUCUCAGUUUUGGCUCAUAAUUCAAAAGCAAAGAAGUUAGAGGAACGCAGUGAACAGCAUUAUUAGUUUUCCAAAAAAGAUAAUUGCAAUGUGCACUAAUUUCUCUUAGGGUUAAAAAGUUGUAGUCCAGGUAUAACCAAUUUCGCCCAUCCUGUACAUUACAAAUUAUUUAUCCUUGUUGUUCCAAACUUUUUUUUGAGUCUUAUACUUCCUUCUUUUUAUCAUUAUUCCAAAAUAUAAACAUUUAUUUAUAUUUACCCAUUUUGAUAGCAAUAAUUUAGUUCGAUAAUGAGGAAGUGGCUACUUAGAUAAUCACAUAUAAUGCUCUUUUGACCUCUCAGGCAAAAUACAGGCUAGCCGAAUAAAACCUUGAUAUAAGUCCAAGUAUAUGUAUAUAUGACGUAUAGUUGGAAAAAGCAAUUAUAUCCAAGUGGGAAUAUCAAAGGGAAAUUAUGUAUAAUAUCUAGAUAUUUCUGUUUCAAUAUGGAUAGUAGCAGUAUUAUUUACAUCAUUUCAAUUUCAAAUAAAUUAUUUUCUAUGAAAUGAAAAAUGUGCGCUUUAGCAGUGAUGAAACAUGUAAAAAUUAAUUUGGUGCUUUAAUGGUUUAAUACUUUUAUGAAUUAUACCAAGAUUUAUGAAAUGCUUCGAUGUUACAAUCAAUCUGUAUUUUUAUUAAUAAAAUAUUUAUUUACAA